AUGAGACUCAAAGCCAUCAGCUACGGCGGCAAUCUCCGCCGCAUCGACGCCAAAUCCAUCCCUGCGGCUCGGGUCUCAACGCCCUCGUCCUCUCCUCGCCUUUGCUCCUCCCCCAUGGACACCGAUCUCCUCAGCACUGGCUACGGUAGCAUUAGCUGCGAUUACGGGCCGGGGUUCUUUAACCCCGCGCUCGGGGUCGGAUAUGACGCAGACCUGGACCGGAUCGCGUUGGGCGGUAUAUCGGAUAUGCUGUCAGGCGGGAGGGUGUCUAUCGGCAUGAACGCGGGGAUCAUGCGGGGGCCCUGCUUUGGCGUGGGCGUGAUGAGCGUGUCGGUGAUGUAG